AUGGGAGGAUCACAGUCCAUCAGUAAGAGCGAGAUGCACUCCAUCGCUAGUUUCACUGAACAGGACAUUCGGCGUUUGUACAGCAGAUUCCAAGCCUUGGACAAGGAUGGCAAUGGCCAAUUAGAUCCAUCAGAGCUACUUGGCGUUAAGGAGAUUUCAGAGAACCCUUUAGUACAGCGAGUUGUUAGUAUCUUCGACGUGGAUGGCAAUGGUACAGUAUCAUUCAUAGAGUUCUUAGUCGGCCUGGCUAGAGUGGCGGUCGGCUCCGAUGAGGAAGAAAAGCUCAAGUUUGCAUUUGAGGUGUACGACGUGGAUAAGGAUGGAUACAUCAGUAAUGGCGAUCUUUUUCAAGUGAUGAAGAUGAUGGUUGGUGAGAAUCUCACGGAAGAGCAGCUCCAGCAGUUGGUAGACCGCACAAUAAGAGACACCGAUAAGAAUAUGGAUGGCAAACUGUCCUUUCUCGAAUUCAAGGCUGCAGUUGAGAACAUCAAAGUUGCUGAGCAGCUAGCAGUUGAUAUCUGA